CGGAAAUACAGUGUCUGCGUAGCUUUGAGUCCACGGUGUCUGAAGGUAGCAAAGAAGAGACACAAGCCAUGGACAACGUCACCGCCGCGGCUGGGAAUGGCAGCCUGUGCGCCAGAGAUUACAACAUCACCCAGGUCCUCUUCCCCCUCCUCUAUACCGUGCUGUUUUUCGUUGGGCUCAUCACAAACAGCCUGGCAAUGAGGAUUUUCUUUCAAAUCCACAGUAAAUCCAACUUUAUCAUUUUCCUUAAGAACACAGUCAUUUCUGAUCUUCUCAUGAUUCUGACUUUUCCAUUCAAAAUCCUCAGCGAUGCCAAACUGGGAACAGGACCGCUGAGAGCCUUUGUGUGCCAAGUGACCUCCGUUGUAUUUUACUUCACCAUGUAUAUCAGCAUCUCAUUUCUAGGACUGAUAACUAUCGAUCGCUACCAGAAGACCACCAGGCCCUUUAAAACAUCCAACACCAACAACCUCUUGGGGGCUAAGAUUCUCUCUGUCGUCAUCUGGGCGUUCAUGUUCUUACUCUCCUUGCCUAACAUGAUUCUGACCAACAGGAGGCCAAGUGACAAGAACGUGAAGAAAUGCUCCUUCCUGAAAUCAGAGUUUGGUCUGGUCUGGCAUGAAAUAGUCAAUUACGUCUGUCAAGUCAUUUUCUGGAUUAAUUUUCUAAUUGUCAUCGUGUGCUACACGCUCAUUACCAAAGAACUGUACAAGUCAUACGUGAGAACAAGGGGCGUCGGCAAAGUCCCCAAGAAAAAGGUAAACAUCAAAGUUUUCAUUAUCAUUGCUGUGUUUUUUAUUUGUUUCGUUCCUUUCCAUUUCGCCCGAAUCCCCUACACCCUGAGUCAGACCCGGGACGUCUUUGACUGCUCUGCCGAGAACACUCUGUUCUACGUCAAGGAGAGCACGCUCUGGUUAACUUCCUUAAACGCGUGCCUGGACCCAUUCAUCUACUUCUUCCUUUGCAAAUCCUUCAGAAAGUCCCUGAUGAGUAUGCUGAGAUGCUCCAGUUCUGCAUCAUCUCCAUCCCAUGAACACAGGAGAAAGGGACAGCAUGGUGGUGACCCAAGUGAAGAGACCCCAGUAUAAACAAACUGAGGCAAUAUUUCAGUCUAGGAGUGUUUGCAAGUCCAAAAAAGGCAGGCACUCUGUGAAAAUAUUAACACUGACUAAGAAGUAGCUGCGUUAGUAACCAUCACGCUUGGGACAAGUAAU